AUGAGCACCGAAACGCAAACAGAAACAAUCAUACUACAGACAAGAGCUUCUACUGAAGCGAUUCCAGCCGAGCAUGAUGUAGCACAAGACUCAAGGCCCGAAGAAACAAAAUGGAUGCAUGCCAAACUCUUCAGCGCAGGACUAUCCUUUUUUGUCGCGGGGGUCAACGACGGAAGUCUAGGAUCGAUCAUUCCCUACGUGAUAUACACCUACGACGUCGGGACAAAUAUGGUCGCCGUGUUAUACGGCACAACUUUCUGCAGCUGGCUAAUCGCCGCCCUCGCGAACGGCAAAAUAACCCAGUACCUAGACCUAGGCCCAAUCCUCAGCCUAGGCGCCGCCGUCCAGGUUCUAGCACAAGUGCUUCGAGUCUGGGCACCCCCAUUCGCACUGUACGCGGUAACCUUGUCUGGGCCAAGCCUACAAUGA